GGCCCAGCAAAAAAAGUUUGGGAACCACUGCACUAACUUGUUGUUUUUCUUAGCGGUGCACAAAAACUACCCUUUUUGUUAUACGUUGGUCAACCAAGAACUAGCCCUGUAACAGGCACUUCUGUAUUUUACCACUGGGGGGCAACAAUUCACUCUAUUACAGUUUCAGUGUAUUUUGCUUUUGUUGCAAAUCCAUCACCCCUCUACAGUUUUCGAUGUAUUUGUAUGCUCUUCACAUCUCCUGUGUUUUGUCCCUCCUGUCUUACUUAGGGCGUGUCCCAUGCUUGGAGUGCACUGUCAUACAUUAAGUAUCCCACAUUCAUUAGUGACUCACAGGUACUGCAGUUGUAUUUUUACUUUUGUGCAUGAAGGCUACUGUGCAGUACUGAACUAAAGGUAACUUGUAGUGCAAAGGCACAGUGCGUCAUGGAAACCAUUGAAAGCAUCGCGGCAAAUACCGCUCUUGUUAAAGCCAGAGAAGGUGGGGGAAGCAAGGGAAGGAGCUGGAAAUGGAAAGAAAUGCUUCGCUUUCCCCACAUUACCCAGUGCAAAGACCUGGCCAUGAACAUAGGUGUGUGUGUGCAACUGUUUUUCAUAAGUGUAAACAAGGACAAGUUUGACACUAAAUCAGAUGACGAAAGGAAAGCGUUUGGGAACAGCAUCAUCCAGAGAUUCCUCAUGAAACAGUCCAGUGAGUGUGUGUCCAUCCUACUGAGGCAUGAAAGAAGCUGCAAACAGAGUCUGGAGCUCAAUCCCUGUGGUGAUGUCUUUCAUGGCUGCAGGGAAGACCUACAUAAAUACCUCAGCAAAGAGCCCUUCGCCCAGUACCAGGACAGCAUGUUCUUUGACCGCUUUCUACAGUGGAAACAAUUGGAGAGGCAGCCUAUCACGAAGCAAACAUUUCGACAGUACAGACUGCUGGGGAAAGGAGGGUUUGGAGAGGUGUGGGCCUGUCAGGUGCGAGCCACAGGAAAGAUGUAUGCCUGCAAAAAGCUGGAAAAAACCCAUGUGAAGAAGAGGAAAGGAGAGGAUAUGGCUCUCAAUGAGAAACGGAUACUAGAGGAACUGGAUAGUCGCUUUGUGGUGAAUCUGGCAUAUGCUUAUGAGACCAAGCACAAUCUCUGUAUGGUUUUGACCAUGAUGAGUGGCGGUGACCUAGGGUAUCACAUACAUCGCAUGGGGUCACCUGGUCUGUCCAAAGACAGGGUACAUUUCUACGCCGCAGAAGUCUGCUGUGGUUUAAUUCACCUCCACCAGAAGUCAAUAUUAUACAGAGAUUUGAAGCCAGAGAACAUUCUCUUGGAUGACCAUGGACACAUCCGCAUCUCUGACCUGGGUUUGGCUGUGAAGCUGUCUGAGGGAGGGGCACGAGGCAGGGUGGGCACACUGGGCUAUAUGGCUCCUGAGGUGAUUGGCUAUAAGCAUUAUGGAAUGAGUGUGGACUGGUGGGGCCUCGGGUGUCUUAUUUAUGAAAUGACUGCAGGUCGGCCCCCUUUCAGGGCCAAAGAAGAACAUCCUAAAGCCUCAGAAAUGGAGAGAAGGAUUCAGAAUGAACAUGAAGAAUAUGGUAACCAGUUCAGCAAGGAGGCAAAAGACAUCUGCUCCUUACUGUUGACCAAGGACCCCACAAAGAGGCUGGGAUCCCAGGAGUCUGGGGGAAGAGAUGUAAAAUCUCAUCCUUUCUUCCAAGAGAUCAACUUCCGGAUGCUGGAGGCAGGACUUGUUAAUCCUCCAUUUAAACCUGAUCCCAACCUGGUGUACUGCACUGAUGUACAGGACAUAGAAGAAUUUUCUACAGUGAAAGGAGUCCAUCUUGACCAGAUUGACAGCUUCUUCUACUCCGAGUUCAACACAGGAAGCAAUUCAAUAAUUUGGCAAAAUGAGCUAAUAGAAACGGAAUGUUUUAAAGAACUCAAUGUUUUUGGCCCUGAGGGAUCUCGUUCUCCAGAUCUCGACUGGUCCCGGGCCCCAGAGAGCCCCAAACGCAGCCUAUUGCGCCGAAUCUUUCGCAAACAUCAUCAUUCAGAUUCAGACGAAAGCAGAGAGAACCUGUUGUCCAGUGAGGGCUACAGCAAGUCAGGAAUACAUAACUCUGGCCUGAAUCCCAGUAGAGUCUACACAAAGGCACCAAAAAACAACAAGUCAUUGUAGCAGCAAAGGGCUCUUCCCUUUAAAUUGCAGAACAGCAGGCAUUUAUUUGUGUUUUCAUUGUCUUCCUUACACCUAAUCUAUAUUAGCAUUUUCUGCUUCUGUCAGGUAAAACAAAUGAAUACACCAUCCCAACUUUUUAAAAGUAGUUGAAUUUUUAAACAAAUGUUUUUUUUAACAAUUCCAAUAUAAUAAAUGUCAUCUGAAUAAUAAAUUAUGAUUAUUUGGAUUACCUGGGUCGCCUGGAUGUCCGGACGUCUUGGGAUUUCUUUACCUGGAUGACUGAGCAUGCAUCAAGACAUUAACUUGUAAUAAUUUUAAAAUGAAAAAAAAAAACAAGACUGAACCAGAUAUUUGACAUAAACAUCAAGACUCAAAGCAA